AGGAGAAAAUAUGUGAUCCUUGGGGUGAGGCUGUCUGUUUGUUGUAACUGUGUAUGUCCCAGGAUCCUAGAGAGAGACACAGUGGGUCCUCCAGGACGCGGCAGAGUACCGUCCUUUUAGUGGGCAUCAUGGUCCUGAUACUGACAAUUGUUGCUGUGAUGGCAGCUGUGCUGCUGGCAAAUGGAACGAAAGAGACUAGCAUGCAGCUGCUACAGUGGAAAGGCAGAGGGACCACUAAAAAUCUGCAAGAAGUCAUCCUUGGGAGGUGUUAUAACUACAUCACAACAGUGAACCCGGAGCUGAGAGACAAAGAUUGCCAAAAAAUAUGGGAAACAAUGCAAAAGGCAUUUAUUUACAAGAACCCAUGUAAUAUUACAACAGAAGAUUAUCAGCCGUUACUGGAUUUGGCGAGUCAUACUAUCCCCUGUAACAAGUCAUUAUUUUGGAGCAAGACAAAUGACCUUGUUCAUCGUUAUACAAAAACCAAUCACAACUUCCUCACUCUGGAGGACACCUUGCUGGGCUAUAUGGCUGACGGGGUCUCAUGGUGUGGAAACCCUUCUAGUCCAGGAAUUAACUAUGAAUCUUGUCCAAAAUGGAGUGAAUGUGAGAGCAACCCUAGUUCUGUGUACUGGAAAAUGGCAUCCAAGAUGUUUGCAGAAGGAGCAUGUGGUGUGGUUCAAGUGAUGCUCAAUGGAUCAAUAGAUGCUGGAGCAUUCAGAAGUAACAGCAUUUUUGGAAGCGUUGAGAUCUUUAACUUAGACCCAGACAAAGUUUCUACAGUGCAGAUUUGGCUUAUGCAGAACAUCGGUGGACCUCCAAGUGAGUCCUGCACAGGUCGCUCUAUAACAAGGUUAAAAAGCAUCUUAGAGGAACGAAACUUGAGUGUCUCCUGUGAGGAUAAUUAUAGGCCAGUUCAGUUGCUUCAGUGUGCAAGUGAUCCUGACCAUGCAGACUGCACACUUUGCCCCAAUAGUGUACAGUGAAACACACAAUACUCCACAUUGCUUAAAUCAUUCCUUAACUGUGUAUGAUACUGAACAAGAGUAUGUGUAUAUACUGUCUAGAGUACUAUAUAGUAUAAAUGUGUCUACAAACACUAUGUUACCAGAAAACCUUGCUGUGGCUGUUACACUAAUAAAUGAAAGAAAGGAGAUGAUAUUUUAGGUGCGGUUACUGUACACAAACACACAUACUGCCCACACUGGCUUCCCACCUCUUCAGCCUGACGGCCAAACAUAUUGUUUCAGAAAGGUCAAGAGGGCCGCAAUACAUUUUUUGGGUCAGAUUCUCAGCCCGGCUCCGCUCCCUUUAACCAGCGCAGGUGUUGCAAAGGGAACAGAAGCCACCUGCAAGUCCCCUGCUGGGGAUUCCCUGGAGUAGGGAAUACAUAGGGAAGAGCCAUAGCCAUUUCUUCCUGGCACACAGGGGAGUGUGGGAGGAGGGAAGGGAAAGUGGCUGGAACAGCUGUGCUCUGGCUAUCCCCAGUGGGAAUGUUUUUCUUAGAAGACUGCUGCCAAAUGAUACAAAUUACAGCAGCCCACAAGGUACUCUGAAGUGUACCAGGGCAGGGACACACAAUCAAUCAGUUACAGCUUCUCCUCUGUUCCUCCGUCUCUCAGGCUGCCCUGUCUGGUUGUGUGAGGGGCCUUCCAUUGCUAGGCACUUCCUGAGGCUCUGGCACAGCCAGCUGAGCUUCUCUCCUGUUCUCUCAGAGCCUGGAAGGGAAGCCUGCACCAGACAAGCCAGAACUACGCUCAUUGCCCUACCCAGCAUUGCAGCAGGUGGCCAACAGGGAAGCUGCUGAGCAGCUGAAGCAGGCAAGAGAUAGCAGCUCUCAGAGCACUUCCAGCUCCCCCCAGACCUACUUCUGAGGCUGCAGGAGAGGCCGUGGGAGGUAGCUGGGGAAGAGGCAGCAACAGGGCCAAUUCCAACUCUUCCAUUUAAAAGUCACCAGGCACAGCUCAGGGACCACGGUUUCAGUUCAGAAUCAAAUAUAAAAUGUUCUUCUUAGCAAACAGUCACCCUCACAGUCUACAAAGUGGCCUCCACGCCAUAGCUUGGACACCACUGAGAGAGACAGACAGGAAGAUCCCAAAAUAAGUAGUCGCUGCUUUAGCUUCUGAAGUUGACGGUGACUUCUUUGUAGCAUACAAUUUCCAAGCACACAUACCAUAGUACUAUAAACGGUAAGAGUUUUCUUAUAUUUCUUUUUUGCUGUCAUGAUAAUCAGAUUCAGGAGUAAUUAUAUGAAACUGAAGACUUAGGGCUAGAGGGUGGCCUUGGCUCUCUUCCCUUUGCGCUACUCUGAUAACACAUAGGAAGAGAGCUGGAGCUUUCCUGAAAUAUGGACUCUGAUAUGUAGUUACUGCAAUUAAUUCAGACUUACAUCAAUAACUUUAAUUCAGUUAUUUCUGACAAGAAAGUUGGAGAGUUUAAUAUUAUAUUGGCUUUU